ACCUCAACUGCCCAAGGAAAAAAUUGUCAAAAUGUCGACACGUGCGCUGCGGCGGGCACAGCGGGAGCUUGAAGAGAAGCAGCUGCAGGAGAGCCUGGUCCAGCAAGAGCAGCAAGAUGAGGAAGAGUCAGAAGAGGAAGUGGCGCCGAAAGCGAAAGCAAAACCCAGCUUGUUCGCCAUGUUGGGGGACGCGGGCGAUGACGACGAGAAUUCAGAACCAGAUGCCGAGCCCGAGGCUGAAGCUGAAGUCUCCAAUGACGACGUUGAGUCUGAGGCUGUAGUCGCGCCAAAAUCUUCAAAGAAGAGCAAGAAGAAGAAAAAGAAGGCCAAGGCAAAAGGCAAGGCUGCCGAAACAGUGACUUCAUCUACCCCCACAAAAGCAGCAUCUGGCCUCGACGAGAUCGACCAGGCGUUGCUCGCGCUCAACAUCAGUUUGAACAACAAGGCAGGCGCCGUUUCUGACCAGUCCACUUCUGCCAUAACAGAAGAAACGAAGCAGUUGUUCUCCGUCUUGAGUGUGGAUACACAGUACCUGCAUGCUGCAAACGAGAUGAAGAAGCUGUUUGGCCGAGCUGCCCUACAGAACACAGAUGACGAGCCGCAACCUAGACAGCGUGGGCGCGGCCAACAAGCUGGCUUAGCAGCCGCAAUCGCAGGCCGGAAUGCUCCUGGUAACCGCAACCUUGCCUCUCUCGGUCUCCGCAGAAACAUCUUCAUCCAAGGCAAAGAAGAGUGGCCACGAGCUACGUCUGGCGGACUCGGAAUGGAAGUCGUCGAGAGACACGCAGACGGGAGUGUCGAGUACAGAUUUGUACACAACAGCACGUAUCAGGAAGUACAGAGCCAGUUCCAAGUGUGUGUGGCGAGUAUGGACCCUGAGCGUAUGGUACAGCUGCUGCACUUCAAUCCAUAUCACAUCUCCACUCUUCUUCAGGUAUCUGAAAUCGCCAAACAACAACGCGACAACGCCAGUGCCUCUGACCUGCUCGAACGCGCACUCUUUAGUUUCGGUCGUUCGGUCCAUUCUUCCUUCUCCUCCAACCUCGCUGCUGGCAAAGCAAGAUUAGACUUUCGACGUCCCGAGAACCGCGAAUUCUGGCUUGCGAUAUGGCGCUACAUCAGCACACUUGGUGUUCGGUCAACUUGGCGAACAUCGCUGGAGUGGGCCAAGUUGCUGCUUUCCAUGGCACCUGAGAACGACCCAUACUGCAUCCGACUACUCAUUGAUCAACUCGCGCUGCGGGGGCGAGAUCCACAAGCACUGGUUGACAUAGUGGAAGCAGACCACUUGCAGCGAUCCUGGAAAGUCCCACCGAAUCUCGCAUUCAGUGUUGCCCUCGCCCAUGAUCGCCUCAAGCAACCGCAAAAGGCACGAUCGACGCUGCGCAAUGCGAUCAGGGAAUAUCCAUGGCUAGCAGCUAGGCUGUGCAAAGAGCUCGACAUCUCGCCGAUUCCCAAGCCUGUCUGGGGUAAAGAGCCGAAUGGAGACGUCCAAGAAUUGCUAUGCCAGCUCUACGUCCCGAAGGCGAAGGAUCUGUGGAAUACGACCGAAGGCACGAGCUUGCUGGUGGAAGUGUGCUACUCUUUUCAAGAGGAUCUAGGAGCAGGCGAGGACCCCUACUGGCUGGCUCAAAUACCAGAAAUAGAUUUGGCGAGACAUGUCAUCUUGUCGGACGACCGCGCGCUUCUGGCUCUCCUCGACACGCGUGUGAAGGCAAAGUACACGUCUGUUUCCGACCCUUUGCCACCAGACGACAACACACAAUCCUAUGACCUUUCAGCGGCAGGUUCAAGUUCCGGACAUCAACGCUCUCCUCAGACCCGAGAACAACUCCUAACUGAGUUGGAACAACUGCGCGAAUACUUCCAGGUGAUGGAUAGCCUGCAGAUACCCGACGACGAGACUCAAGAGCACGGGGGGAUCACGGAAGAGUACAUUAAUGGCGUGCUGGAGCGGUCCGGUUCGAACUUUGUCGAGUUCAGGAGAAACUCGGAGCGUCUUCAGGUCGUAGCAGCCCGGUUGCAUGAGCUGGGGGUCGAGGUGCUGUUCGGGAACGAAGGUGAUCAAGCAGGCAGAGAGACAGACACAGAUAGCGAUGCUUAAUUGCAGCCAGUCCAUACGACACUAUCAGGUCGAUAUAUCUGAAUAGCACAUGCAGCAAGCCACGAGACACGUGAAUCAUCUGACGUGUCGCACAAUGAAUCUUGGCUAUUUGCAAUGACGUAGCAGCACAU